UUUGGUAUUAGGACGGUCGCGUCCGGGCUCGGGGCUGGCCUGAGCCCUUGGGUCUCUGGUGACGGGUAGAGGCGGCCGCAGGCUCAGGACCUGCUCGUUUCCGCCUCGGACGCCACGGGCUGACCUUGGCCGCUGCUCGUUGGCUGUUCUUGCUGACCUUGGUCCAGGGUCGGAGCCGAUGGCAGCUUGGGCCGCCGUCAGCCUGAGCAGGGUCGCUGCCCGGUGCUUGCCGGGGGCGCGAGGCCCCGGGGUCCGGGCGGCUCUUCUGCCCACCCUCGCGGCUUCCCAGCCUGAGCCCACGGGCUGUACCCCCGCUCUGGGCAGGACGCUGCACCUCACCGCGGCGGUCCCCGCCGGGCACAACAAGUGGUCCAAAGUCCGGCAUAUCAAGGGUCCCAAGGACGCCGAAAGGAGUCGCAUCUUCUCCAAGCUCUGUUUGAGCAUCCGCCUGGCAGUUAAAGAAGGAGGCCCCAACCCUGAGCACAACAGCAGUCUGGCCAACAUCUUAGAGGUGUGUCGCAGCAAGCACAUGCCCAAGUCAACGAUUGAGGCAUCGCUGAAAAUGGGGAAAAACAAGGAUGUUUAUUUGCUGUAUGAGGGCCGAGGCCCUGGUGGCUCUUCUCUGCUCAUUGAGGCAUUAUCUAACAGUGGCUCCAAGUGCUAUUCAGACAUCAGACAUAUCCUGAACAAGAAUGGGGGAAUGAUGGCUGAUGGAGCUCGCCACUCUUUUGACAAAAAGGGGGUGAUCGUGGUUGGAGUGGAGGACAGAGAGAAGAAAGCUGUGAACCUAGAGCAUGCCCUGGAGCUGGCAAUCGAAGCAGGAGCUGAAGAUGUCAAGGAAACUGAAGACGAAGAGGAAAAGAACAUUUUUAAAUUUAUUUGUGAUGCCUCUUCACUGCAUCAAGUGAGGAAGAAGCUGGACUCCCUGGGCUUGUGUUCGGUAUCCUGUUCACUAGAAUUCAUCCCCAACACAAAGGUGCAGCUGGCUGACCCCGACCUGGAGCAGGCCGCCCUUCUCAUCCAGGCUCUUGGCAGCCAUGACGACGUGAUCCAGGUCUAUGACAACAUUGAGUAACCAGGCUCUAUGUGCCCCUGGGUGCCUUCUUAGGCAACUGGCAGCUCAUUCUGGAGCACAGGCUUCUGCAGCGACUCUGAGACUGAAGCAGAUUGGAGGCCUAGCAGGUUAGGAGGCAUAAAACCAAGACAUGCAGCUUUGUGGCCAAGGGAAUCACCAACUCCGUGGGGCCUCUUUGUCAGCUCUGCUGGUGUCUCAGAGCCCUCCUGGCUGCAGGGUGGAGCCAGCCGGCUAACCAGACUCUGAUCUUAGGAAGUUGGCCCUUGUGGGCAUGGCAGGUGCCCUGAGGGCCCUUGUACUAGAAACUGCUCUUAAAUAAUGUGACUGAUCUGAGUUGCUACACUCCUGUUGUGUGGCUCUUGAGUUUUCCUGGGUUUUUAUCCAGCUGUUGGGAUGCUCUUGACUUCCUUUGAAGUCUGUAGGUUUAGUUUCACUACUCCAGUCCCAGCCCUUUUUUUUUUGACCAGAGAAAUGUAGCUCUCUACAGGCACCACUCUGUGCUCUAAUGCUGGUCUGGUGGCCUAAAGCUGUCAUUAAUCAUGCAAAUAGUAUUUGUCAAACACCUGUGUACCAGGAACUGCACUUAACCAGGAGCACAAGCUGUUCAGUUGGUGCCCUGUGUUAGAUCCUGCUCUAAGACAUAGGACCUCAGAGGUCAGACACAGGACUGCUGUCUGCUGGAACUACCCUAGGGCAGUGUGAACUGCUGUGCGUGCAUCCUUGUUCUCUUCUUGGGGCCUCUGUGCCCUCCUUCUGCCAGACAGCUUAAGGCUCUAACACAGUAGGAAAUCAAGUGCCAAUGAUAAGGGACUCCCAGGCCCUGCUUCACCCAGGCCCCAUGUGUUCUGAGAUUGGUCAGAGCAGACCUGUCAGCAGGUUGGACUGCUCUCAGGAAAGGCUACGCCAAGCUGGCUUUGAAAGCUACUUGAUCGCCAGAAUGCCCGCCCUAGCUCCUUUUCAUCCCUGCUGCCAAAUGAUGCGGCACGGAACUGGAGAGGAAAUGAGAGUAGAAGGAGGGUGAAGGACUGAGUCAGAGCCUAGCCAGCUGGGAAAGAGGACCCUUCGUACCUUUGGCUCCUAAGUGUCACUUUUGGGUUUAGAGAGACCGGGAGUGCCAGUCACCUGUGCAGGGGCCUGUCACACAUGUCAGGCCUGGAGUGGCUUUUUGAUCAUUUAUUCUCCCUUAAUUCGUUCUGUACUAGGCAGGACCCAGAAGACUUGGUCAUCAGGUGGAGAAGGGGCCCUUUGUCCCAUUUUUCCCUUCUAUAGCCAUAUGAUGUCCAGGUCUUAAAAUGUAGCACCAGGACUGGAAUCUUAAAUGAUGAGCAACGUCUUUGCAUCCCCUAAACUGCAAUCAGGGCAGAAAGAAGGGGAUGGGGAUAUGUUUGGAUUUUUUCCCUUGC